AUUUUCGCCGUGGUGGUCAGUAUCAACUCAUAUGCCAAGGAUUUAUUGCUGAAAGGAGCAGAGAAGGACGUGCUUGCAUUCAAAGAUUUCCUCCUGCAUGAUCUCCAGACACCCGCAGACCACAUCAAGCUACUUCGUGAUUAUAUGGCUAUGCGCCAGUGCAUUAUGGACACAUUACACAUGCACUUCUGUAACAAUUCUGACAUCUGUCCUGGAGAUGCAAUCAUAUUCUACUUCAUGGGCCACGGGUCCAGCCACGACCUUCGUGGCAAGGGAGCUGUCAAAUGCAUUAUAUCCAUCGAUAAUGCACCAAUUUGUGAGCAUGAGCUGCACAUCUUUCUCAAGGAUUUGUCCCACAUGAAGGGCAAGAACAUUACGCUUAUCUUUGACUGCUGCUUU